ACAGGAUUUUGCUUCUGGCGCUAUGUACAGGUCAAAAACCUCCCCUCAGAUCCGCCACCCUUCUUCCUCACCCUUGACAUAACGGCUUACUUCCGUUAUUCCAUCACUUGGCUUGUCCUAGCGUUGUGGAUUUUUGUGGACCUAAACCUCCGCUCCAUUGCAAUUAGUGAGGGUAUCCACUAUGCCAACUCUACAGUUGGACUGAGGAGCGAAAACUCAGAGGAGUGGACUGCUUGGGCGUUUAACAGUUCAAUGAAAUGUGACCCUACCGGCAACGAUACAGAGGGUCAGAUUUGUCUCUUUGUUAAACACAUUACAACAGCAUAUACACCCUGGUUGCAGAUGUACAAUUUCAUCAUGUGCAUCUGGCUUAUUAACUUCUUCAUUGCCCUGGAUCAGAUAACCCUAGCGGGCACCUUUGCCACCUUUUACUUCAAUUCUCAACGCCAGCGCCGUCGUCAUUCUGUAGUAGGCUGCUGUGGAUUCUGGCUACUAUUCACUACAUGCAGCAGUGCUCUGAUGUACAACACCGGUUCUCUGGCUCUCGGCUCUAUUCUUAUCACAAUAUUCUGGUUCCUGCGUGCCUGUCUUCUCCGUAUUGAACGACGACUCAAAACUGCCAACAACGAACUCGCCAAAUUCUUCCUUCGAUGUCUCUGCUGUUACUUCUGGUGCCUGGAAAAAUUCUUGCGUUUUCUUAAUAAGAAUGCAUACAUAAUGAUUGCGAUCUAUGGUCAUGGCUUUUGCCAUUCUGCAAAGGAUGCGUUUCAACUCAUUCUGCGGAAUGUGGUCAGAGUCUUCGUUGUUGAAAAGAUCACGGAUUAUAUCCUGAUUGUGGGAAAACUAGCUGUUAGCGCAGCUGCAUCUUGCGUUGCCUAUUUCUACCUGAGUGGAAUUUUCGGCGAUAGACUGAGCAUUAUGCCGGAGCAAAAACUCCAAUUGAAUUACAUAUUUGUGCCCAUUUUGGUUAUUGCGAUCGGUUCAUUCCUGGUUGCUAAGGCUUUCUUCUCAGUGUACGAGAUGGGUGUGGAUACGAUCUUUAUCUGUGUUUGCGAAGAUCUGGAACGCAACGAUGGAACUGCGGAGAAGCCCUACUUCAUGAGCAAAUCGACAAUGAAGAUGCUGAAGAAACCAGAUGCCGACACUAGUGCCUCUUAA